AUGGAUAGUCUACCAGACGAGCUAUUGCAUCGCAUAUUCUCAUUUCUCGUUACGGAUGCACACCAUUUGUUGCAACUUCAAGCUGUGUGUCGAAGGUUCUGCAGAAUUGCCCAAGACACUCACCUAUGGUACCACACCUUUCAAAGCAACUACCCAACUUGGUCACAACAAAUACCAUGCAACUCUCAGCAACUACCAUUGAUUGAUUGGAAGGACUUCAUGUUACAUAUCACACGACAGAAUACCACUGCAGCAAAGUCAUUAUCAUUCGAGAUGGUACCUGACGAGGAAGAAUAUCAUCAAUUUCUAUCAUUACAACAACAACAACAACAACAUUCUCAAGCAGGAGGACGUUUACCACAAAAACGCAAGCUGAUGAUAGGGGAUGAAUACCCACGACCUUCUUGUUCUACACCAUCCCAUCCCAAGAAUGCAUAUCGUAAACUGCCGCCUUCACUCUCUUCUCCGCUCAAUCCUACAUCAUCAUCAUCAUCAUCACCCUUCCCUGACAUGGAUUACCCACCCCCUUUUCGGAUACAAGAUCCUUUGGUAGUGGAUGUGGAUAAGGAGACAAAGCAAGGCAUUGUGGCCACUGGCAAGCAUCGAAGGAUUGGACAUGAUCGUGCUGAACACAAGUUUUUAUUCUGGGAAUACCCUUCUUGGCGUCUCAUACGUGAAUUCGAUUUGCACUUUGGACCCCUGGAUACAUCUUGUCAGAUCACGGGCAUUCAAACAGUACGCAUGGCUCACGAGGAGAAGGUUCGAUUAUUCUCAUUGGCCGUUGGACAACCUUUAUUAUCACCAGAGAUGACAGAGGAUGAUAGUGAUGAUCGGGUGGAUCAAUGGCGUACGAUCUUGGUGUAUCGCUUAUAUGAUAAUGGGACGACACAAUGCCUUGCUCAUUUGGCGCUGGAUGGUCAAUUGCUGGGUCGUGAUGUGUUUUUCUUUUCCGAAACGUCAUGGGGUCGACCGAAUGAACCUGUAAAGGAUUGGAUUCAUAUGACCACAAUGGGAUAUCGUCAUCAUCAUCAUCGUCAUCAUACAACAACAACACCCGACCACUAUGAUCCAGAUUAUACAGUAUUCAUGCUUGUCAUGGGCCCUGAUUUCCCAAGCAUCUCGGGUUGUGGAAGAUUGAUUCGAUUUGAUAUUCGUGGUGAACGCCAUAUCGUUGAUCCAGCUACUGAACCAGUCAUAUGGGAGCCAUCUGUACGUCUCUUUCGACCUCUAUAUCCUCGUUACAUGAUCCAGCGUGCCAAUGAACCAUGUCCACCCUCUUCGGCUGUCGUAUUGACUCGUAUCAACAUGGGCCACAAAGUCAGCUGCAUGAUUUUCUUUCGACAUCCUCCAGAAUUGAACCAUUUAAUUUGCACUGGAAGCUAUGAUACCAAUGAGCUCACCUUGUACGAUUGGCGCUUUGGAGUCAAGGUCGGGACGCUGCAAUGGAAUUCUUCUCAUAACAACAACAACAACGGCAAUGCUACUACUACAACUACUACAACAACAACAACGAUGGAAGAUGAGGAUGAGGAUGAAAUUGUGCAACCUUGGGGAUUCGAAAGUACGAUUGUAUUGCCACCUUAUUGGUCCAACCAUGAACAACAUCCAUGUACAAGUACAGACUUUGUUGAACGAGGCUUACGUCUUAUUGCUGUUGGUGAUAACAGAAACGAUAAGCUUGAAGUCAAAGUAUGGGAUAUUGCCUAUCUUUUGGAGACCGUUUGGAGACCCUUACAACGACGACAACAGCAGCAUGAAGAAGAAGAUGAAGAAGACAAUGAUGAGAUUAUGGAAGAUUAUACCCAUGUAUUUCCAUGGUGGAAGUUGGGCACACCACAAUUGAAGCGGCUUGGAUUAAAGUCGAUACGCAAUGACAACAGCGAUCUUCCCUAUACGCCUCGAAAAGGAUCCUCCAUUAUCUUGGAACACACCUUUGAAAGGGAUGAACACGGUGGUGGUGGUGAUGACGACGACGAGAAUGGUGGUGGCAUGCCGAUCAAGUUUAUUGCAUACAAUGUGUUGAGGACAUCGCUCUUUUUAUUGACGGAGGAAGGCAAGAUCAUGGUCAUGGAUAUUGAAACGGGACGUAUCAUGGGUAGCAAGGAGAACGUAGCAGCCAUACCAGGGAUGAUUGGACCGCAGCGGCAAGUGCGUGGCAUCGAUGUCAAUGUAGUAGGAGGACGUGAGAUUGUAGUAACGAGUCGACAAGGAUUAUUACGGGGUGUCAUGGCAUAG